AUAGUUGGUGAAACUUCACGAAGUGAUAGUGUGUUUAUAUUGUGUUUUAUAUUUGUAGGUCUUCAUGUCUGCAAUAAGUAUGUAUUUAAAGUUUAGUUAUUGAAAAGGAAAAUGUGGCGUUUAGUACGUCAGUGAAUUCCAUCAACUGAUGUUCUGCUGCUCUCCGUUUUAUUAAAAUGUUUGGAAAAUCAGGAAAUGUUUUAAGUGCUGCAGAUUUGACGACUUACCGGUUCCGGACAGAGCAGGAGCUGCCCGAGAAAGGACAGAGGGAGUACAAGCCUUCCAACUCGUGGCUUGAAAGCGAGCAGUUGAAAACUGCCCUGGACGAGAGACUACAGCUUAUUGCGGAGGAGAGAGUCAGCAGGUUUGGGACACUUGCAAGGGCAGAAUGGAAUGAGCAGAUGAAAGAGGCACUAGUAACUAGUGUGGUUGGUCGUCACUGGCAACUGUUUGGUCACGAGAGGAAGACAAGGAUUUGGCUCUACCCGGAGGAGGCUUUGUUUCUCGUUGAGAGUGGAUGCUUAGAGCUGAUGUACAGUGGCGUGGCUGUGAGUGUUCAGCAGGCAUACUGUAUUUUGCUCAGUCCGAACACAAGCUGCACACUGAGUGAGUACCGCACGUACGCCCAUCUGCUGCGCCACGGCUACAGAGUGCUACGCCACACCCCAGCCGCCAAGUCCGCACGUUCCGACUCAAAGUACGCCCUGUCUGGCGACUAUGUUCAACUGAAGAACGAGCAUGUGAAGCCGGUGAUGGAGGUGGUAGAUAUUAGUGAUGGCAGGCCCAGGCCCAAACGUUUUUCACACAGCUAUUCAGAAUCCUCUUCAGAUUCCAACGUGCAUGCCAGAAAGGAAUUGUCAUCCCUAGUGAAAAGUUCUUCUUUUGACCAAAGAGUUGAAACAAAGGCUGAAAUAAGUGAAAUAGCUUCUGUUGAUAAGAAGCCUGUCUCCAAAGUGCCAACUGAAGAGGCAGAUGUCACACUUGUAUACGAGCAAAAAGGCCCUGUUAUGCAAAAUUGCUUGAAACCCAAAGGGUCUUUGGUUCUGUUUCCUGACUCUCCGAUUGAACCACAAAGCUCCUCUCGAACAGUGAAUGUAACUCCAAUAGACAUUGAUGAUAAUGAGUUGGAAAUAAGUUACGUAAAUAAAAAUGUGUCUGUUACCCUGUCUCCCCAGAAGAAAGAGAAGCAAGAGGUUGAGUCAACGAGCUUAGAGUCUGAUGCUGAUAAAGAUGUGGCAGUGGAACCUGUGUCAGUUCAGUCGAGUGGAGAAAGUUCCAGCAGCAAUUUAGGUGUUGAGUAUGAAGAACAGUCAGGUACAGCAGAAGAAAAUUCAUUUUCAGAAGAAACCACACAGGGUGAGAAACAUGAUACAAUCCGCAAGUAUGGUCUAGACAGUGAUGCAAAUAAAUCGCAAACCGCUGACGAAGUAUCUUUGAACCAUGGCUGUAGUAAUGUUGAAGGUAUUGCUGCGGAAGGAAAAUUCCAGUCUGAUGAAACCUGCCAGGACACACCAGAAGAUUCUGGCCUUGUAACUGAAAAUGAGAAACCUUUGGCUAGUAGUAAUGGUGCCAAGUCACAUAAAGAAAAUGGUUUGGACAGUAACAGUGCCACGACAUUGCAUACAGUCGAGAAAACAACAAGUUACGUUGAAAAACUGAUAGAAAAUCAGAGCGCUGCACGGAAAACAGCAUCCAUUUCUGAGUGUGACUCGGUUGGAGAUGAUAAGGCCUUAAUUGAACCUGUAUCACUUGUUUUGGACAGUACGACAAAUGGCAUUUCUUUGGAUGGUGUGACUGUUGAAGAAAAGAAUGUUAAUAUGAUUCAACCUGUGGUGAAGUAUGAAUGUGAGGACGUUAUUGAAAUACAAGAAAAUAGUAAUGACAGCUCUCAUAUUAGAAUCUUAGGUAGCUUAAACCUAAGCAAUCAAGAAAUUCAUUCAAAUACCAGCAUAGUAAAAAACGAAUGGCAGCAGAGGACACCCAAGCGAGAGGAAGUUGAUAUCGAAAUUAUUUGCGACACUGCAGAAGACAAAGGAAGAUUUGGGAAUAUCAAUCAAAAGCGAAAUACAGGCACAAAUAAUUAUACUAAUAGAUAUAAAAAUACUGCAGCAAUUGGUUGGAAGCGAUCUGCCAGUUCAGUUAGCCUCAAACCAGAUGUAGAGGUACUUCCUUUGCAAGAGUCCAGUUGUAGCACUUCAGCUGAACACGUGGGCGUCCAUCGAGUAAAUACAACUCGUAAGCGAGGCUACGAAGAACCAGAUAUUGACAUCAAAGAGGAGUGUUCCAGUGCUAAAAAACAGCUGCUGAACACGAACAACUGGUCGCAAGACAGUCUCGAAGCAGUCGAAACAAAGCCUUCCUGUAGCCAGGAAGUGAAUGUAAUAAACCUGGAGGAGGAAGAGGGAAGGCUGACCUUAGCACAGAUGAAAGCGGUUCUAGAUGCCAUCCCCAGCAUAGAGAACAAGUUCACAAUCCACGUCCAGGCCCCGAAGCAAGAUCUCUUGCCCCCGAACGUCAAGCCAAAACAGAAGGACUACUACAUCCAGCUGUGGCGGCUGAAGGCUGAUGGGUUCGGCGGGGGGCCUGGGCGAAACAACGUGUACUACGGUAACAGAAUGCCGCCUUCGCAGCCGGUCAGGCCGCCCCGUGUGCGCCCGGAUAAUGAUGGGAGAAUCAACCCCUGGCUGCCGGCUGCGACAUUUCAGCCGCAAAUACCCCCGCUGAUGGGCUGCGGCCCCGGCCUGUUGCCACACCCGAUGUUCGCCCAGGCAAUCAUGAUGGCCCAGAGCCUAGCCAUGGCACAGUCCAUGGCGAUGAACUACAACUAUCGCAUGCCAAAUCGCUUCUUCAGGGGUCGCUACUUGCACAGGCCUUACUUCAGAAGAGGUUACAAGCGUAGGUACAACAGUAACGUUCGCAACCCGCCCUACCACAGAAAUUAUGGGCAGGGUAAUAACUCAUACCAGUUUUCGAGAAGCCCGGCCAACGAAGAUUCUUCUGACUCACAGUCUCGUUCCCAAGGCACGGCCCCUGUGCCUGUGCAGAAUCUGAAAACUCCCGACGGCAAAGCCAUGCCUAUUGUCAUCGAUAUUGAUGAUGAACCAAGCGAGAAACAGGGCUUGACUGUGGACAGCGAUAAUGAAGUUAUAGAGUGCUUUGAGGUCACGCCCUCUGGGCAAGGGAGAAAUAGUUCGAGAAAGAAGCCCAGGAGAGGUGAGAACAGAUAUUUUGCACCGUCAAGGAAGUUUCGCGAACGAGCUGAGAAGAUGUGGCAUGAAGAGCGGACCGAAAUACUGAAAAUACCUGCUGCGCAUAUUGCAGAUAGAACUGCAGUUGGCUCCAUGAAGUAUGGGCGGGAAAGCAUAGAGGUGACUCUUAGCAGUGAUGAAGAGCCUUUGGAUGACAUCAUGUUUGAGCAUGGAUCCCUGGAUGCUGUGGACGAGUUUAGUACAGACAUUGUCCCUUGUCUACUACCUGAGAACUGUCAAAGCGUAGAUACUAUACUGUCCAGGCUACAGAUUUUCCAGCAGGUGGACAAGCCUAGGAACAUGGUGUCUGCUGUCAGUCGCAGGCAGCUCAGGGUCACGUUUGACCUGUAUUUGCCGAGUGUGUCGUUCCGGAAGACCACGCCGGGCCUCCCUGACUACAGGGUCAUGGUGUUCAGCCAGGAGCAGUUUGUCUCUCACUACGAGCAGUCUAUGCCAACUCUCGGAGAAAUUUCGUGGGCCUUGAAGGACUUUGACGACAGUGUUCCUUUGCUGUUGGCGCACGUGAAUCCUGACUGCAUUCAGUUUACUCUCUUCGCAAGAAUUGAUCUCCCGGUUGCCCCAGGGAUUGUGUGUGACGUCCUUUAAAAAGAUAUGUCGUUGAUGUGAAAUGUUUUGUUUACACAUAUUGUUGUAUGUAUUUUGUACGUAUGAUUUCCUGCUCAGUUUUUUCCAUUUAAUUUUCUUCAUGCUUCUAUGUUAUUUAUUCAUUUAUAUACAAGUGUCCAGACAUUUAAUUUUUCAGUUAAUAUUGUAAGUUUCUCUUAGUGAAGCAUUUUCAAGAAAGAAACGAAAUAUAAACUAAAUGUGAUAAAUAUAACCGUAUAAGAAAAUAAUAACAUAUUCAAGAAUAAACCAAGGAGGUAUCAGAAUGUCAGGUGUUUGGCAUUGUAAAAAAAAACUGUUUUAACGAUUAAACAUGUUUUUAAAACCAUUUUAAAUGUGCUUUUUAAUGUUUAUUAAAUACUGAAGAAAAGCAUAUAUUUUUUACAUUACUUGUAUUAUUUGAGUUUGAUAUCUGUGGGAAAUGAAAUCACAGAAUAAUAAUUUCCAUUUGUCUUUUAACCCAUAAAGUAGCCAUAAUCAUUGAGUGGUCAGAUCACUCGUAUACUUCCACUAAGACAAUAUGGAUUUGAUUCCCGGCGGAGUAAAUCCUGGAAUUUUUGCAAGUGGCAAUAUUGAUGCUUGUUGGUAGAAUUUCUCAAGUACUUCCAUUUCUCCCACGUAUUCAUUCCAUCAAUGCUCCAUUAGUAUGUAUAAUUACUGCCAGUGGGCUGCAUAACUCUAAAAAACCAAAAUUAAUACAUAUUUAAUCGUGUCAUAUUGUUGAUUCAAUUUUCGACUUGCAGGUGCCGUUCGAUGUGUGCACAGCAACCACAAAUAAUUUUCUACACAGCUUUCUAUAAUAUUUAAGUAUCAGUAAAAAAAAAAAGGGAUUGUUGUUUUAAUAACUGAUUUCAAUUAACUUUGAUUCGUUUGAUGAGCAUAUGAGGUGUCAUGUAGCAGUUAAGUGAAGAAACUUAAUACAUACGGUAAUGUUUUGCAGGUAUUUUUUUUAUCUAACUUGUGGCUGGAAUUUUUGCCAGAAUGUUUAAAUGUUUGUAUUUCCUACGUUUUUUCAUUACUUGCGCUCCUAUGCAUAACAAUAUUACUAUGCCAAAUGCAUGUUAACACCAGGGUGAGUGCUGUUCAUGGAAGUCACAAAAGUGUCGAGAAAUAAAUGGUAAUGGUGCUGAAAGUCUUGGAAUUUUUAUUACCAGCAGUAUUUACGUACUUGAAAUGUUUUUUUUUUUCAAUGCCUCACAUCACUUUACAGUCAUGCAUUAAAUUUAAAUAGUGGGAGACUGUCCAUUCCCAUCAUGUGGAAAUUAUCUGUGAUAAGGUUUCAGCUUUCUGCAAAAUAGUUCUAUCUCUUUUCUGAUUAUUUUAUCUGAAAGUGACCAUGUGAUACAAAAUAGUUGUUGGAAAAUUGUAUUUAAAGGUCAUGAAAAAGUCCUGAAAUUGGUUCACCAGGACACCCUUAUUGGCAAAGACAGAUGUUUGCUAGUUUUUGGGUUGCAAGUUAGAAAACAAAGAACUUUUAUGGUUAGGUGUAUUUUUUUUUUUUCAAAAAUCAGUUUAAUAUUUUAUUAUCGUUGUGCAUGCUUUAAUAGUGAUUGCAGGAAAAAUAUUAAAGAGCAGAUUGUGUGUGAAGUUGACAGCCAAUUGCUAACAAACGUGUGGUGGUGGCAGCAGGCCAACUCAACCAUUCCCUUGACAAGCAGUCAAACUGGCAGGGUGAUGCUCAUUGCUGCCUUGUAUUGAGUAAUAGUUUCAUAGCUGAAGAAAAUUGUGGUAAUUAAUCUUACAUCACAGGAGAUAAUUUUAUUAGUUCAGUAUCAAUAAUAUUGGUACCAAUAUUUUAUAACUUUAAUAACGUGAUGUAACUGACCUGUCAUUACAGUAAUAGUCGUGUAAAGCUGAAAUUAUGAAAUAAUUUCAGGAAAUUUUGUUGUAAACUGGUAGAAUCCUAAAAUAUUGACUUCAUAUUUAUAAAAAAAAUGGUUCCAUCAUUUACGCUUAAGUUCAUAAAAAAGAUUGCUAAGAAAUACUUGUAGCUUUCUUAAUAUGUACAGUGAAAGCUCUUAAAUCCAGCAUUCUAUGGUUCUGCUUUUUUCUGUAAUGCAGCAGGAAUCGAGUUGCUCGUAUACAGAUUUUUUUUUUGUGUGUAUUCUGACUGUUUACCUUGGCCACCUGGUCGCACUACUGCGCUGCUGGCGUUUUUCCGUUUUAAAGCAGCUUACAUUUCCCAUUUCUCCAGUAGUUUUACAUCAUGAUUUUUUUAAGAUGACCAGUGCUCAUCUAUAUUGUAGCUUUCUACAAAGCAACUUAUAACUCUUUUUAAGUACCGUAUUUACCUGAAAAAAUACUGCGACUCUGAACUUUUAUGGGGUUAAGUCACAAUUCAGAAACGGAAAUAAAAAUUAUUUUCAAUCAGUAAAUUUUUUACCAUAUUUACUUACAGCUUUUUUGGUGCAACUUUUUUCAGAAGAGUGAUUUGCAUAGUUUUUUUUAAACAGCAAGUGUUAAUUAGAAGAUAAAAAAAAGGGCAGCAAUUAAUAGGGAAAAGAUUUUUAUGGCAGUAGUUCAUAAGCCAUUUGGCAAAUAUUUUUGUGUUGUAUGUGGAGGUCAUCAGGAAAUGUGGGAGGAGUGGAAAGGGGGGGGUGGGCUGCAAUGGCUCAAUGGCUAGCAGCAACAAUCAAAAGGAUUGUCUUGUCUCAUGAGUCACGCCCCUCCCCCUCCCCCUCCCCCUCCCCCUCCUCCUCCUCCUCCUCACCGCACCUUAAACAAGAUGCGGACUAAAGUGACAUAAGUGACUUAGUUCUCAGGCAGAUUGUGUGUUGUUUUUCAAAUAAGUGGAGGUUCAGAAAGCAGUAAUUACCAGCUGUCUAAAGUGUCUUAAAAGGUGUAGUUAUGAGGCAGAGCAUUUUUUUUUUCCAAUUAUAGCUGUCCCUGUUGCUGUAAAUUCACAUCUUCCAGCUGCAAGAUACAAGUUUGUAACUAUAAUGCAAUUCUUACUUUUGGGGUUUAUUAUCUCUAGUACUAACCAUCACAUUAUAUUCAUGUAAAUACAUGUACAUUACAUUGGAGUCUUGAUAAUUCUAUCCCUGCUGGUUCAAACGAUUUUAGGGUGAAAAGUAUUUAAAUAAACAAAAUUUUUGUAUUUUAAAAACUAUUUUAGAUGUGUUGAUGCAAAUAUCUGCAUGUUUAGUGAUGACGUGCUUUUUAAAGUGUUGCAGGCUGUUUUAUAUGAUAACCAGGGGUGAAUAUUCCAUGGAAUCAAGAGACCCAUCAGUUUCCCUACUUUCAGGAUGGGUAAAAUGCCUUUUUAAUUAUAUUCUGAAUUGGUUAUUCAAACACUUCAUUUCAGUAGAAUAACUAGUUUUCAAAAAGACAUACUUAAUUUACAUUCUUUCCUCACUCAGCUAUUAAAUUUAGCGAAACAUUUUCUGUUGUCCUCUUCUCACACUGAAACUGAAAUCCCUGCUAUCUUUGCAUAUUCCAAUUCUACCUGAAGCCACAUGGCUGGAAUGAGAAACCAGACCAGCGCUCUGCUUCCCUUGCGCCAACAUUAAAUACAUGUAUAACACGAACUAAUCCGUUUUUAAAGACUCGUGUGUUGUGAAAACAUUGUCUUUGUAACAACUUACUACAGCAAAUGUCUUCAAGAUCCUUAAUACGUGAAAUGGAUUGGGAAAAUUAGUGAAAUGUAAACUGGUAGGUCAUGUGAAUCUUACAGUGCAAGGGAACCAAUGGUUGGUUUUGCUUUCUCGAGCUAUUCAAGAAAAGGAGGGGAAAUAAGGGAUGGAACAGAAGGGUGAGGAGGAGAAUAGUGUGUGCAGGCAGGAGAGAGAGAGAGAGACACGUCUGUAGACACAAACAUAUUCGACCAGUGCUGCCGUGGAUUGUGCGCUUGAAAAUUUGCUCUCUAAAUCUUAUAAUAGUAAGAAAUUUGAAGAUGACAGUUCCUUAAUUUUCAACUUAAGACCAGCUCCUUACAUUAUGCAUAUGUAUACUAAAUCAAAAAUCAGGAAUUUCAAAAGAUGUUUUGAAAUAAGAUUUUACAGCUCUUAUAAAUGCCUUACGUGUUGGGAACAAAACUUACAUUUACUUGAUGGGCUUUGUUCAAUGUGCUGUAAUGAGAGAGGAUACAAUUUAAUAAUGGGAUUAUUUAUUAUUGUGGCAUUGUGUAAUGUACACAUUUGUAUAUGUAUGUAUUUGUGUGUGUUUCGAAGUUGUUCUUUACUUAAUUGUAAAAAUUACACUUCCGCACAUUUAUAUUAUUAACAAUUUGAAUUAUAAUAAAACAGGAUAAUAGUUUUAAAAAAAAACCAAGUUAGGUAUCUUAAAAAUUGAACUUUUUACUGAUGUGAAAAAUCAUGGUAAAAAUGUUGGUUCCUCUACUUUGAAAACCACCCUUCAUUCCUGGUGAUAACUUACUGCUUAUAUGAUCGUACUGCAUUACAGCAAUUACUUGAUUAAUCUGAAAAUAUGUAAUCUUAACAUGUCUCAGCACAGAUUAAUUCUGAUUAGUGGGAGUCCACGGUACAGUUGCUCUGUGUAUUAAUUUUUAUUUAGAACUAUAUUGAUGUUUGAUAAUCUGGCAAGAUUGCUAAUCUGGCUUAGCCGUGGUCCCAUACAUGCUGGAAGGAAGGCCUUUCACUAUAGUUUGAAUUAUGAGCUGACAAGACACCCUGUAAGAAUUAAAAAUAAAUGGCAUAGUUACUUAUAAUAGGGUUAUGUACAUCAUAAAGAAAGAAAUUUACAUUCUUAUUAAAAAGGCUUGGUUUGUAGUAAAUAUGAAAGUUGUACAUGAUAAUAUAUUAUGAAAUAAAAUGUCUGUGGCACUUUGAA